UUGGAUUUGGUUUGGACUAAUCUAAAUCCCAACACGAGAAAAUAUCCUCAUCUUCCCGCUUCUCUCUCCUUCUUUGAAUCUCUCAUUCUCCAUCUUCUUCUUCAACCCUGAGCAGAGAGUAGAGAGAGAUAUAUAUAGAAGUGAAGUUGAUGCGAGAUUGAUUGUUUUAGAAAAAAUGGAUACACCACAAAGAAAUGUAACCCAGAUCGGGACUCCUGUUGCUAAACUCAAAGUCGAGAACUCUCCAGUGUUCAAUUACAUAAACAGUUUGUCUCCAAUCACAACUUCCAAAACAAUCUCCACUGCUCAGACGUUUAGCUCUCUCAAUUUCACUUCUCCUCCUCCUGUUUUCAAUACCCCUCACGUGGCUUCUCGUUUCAGAAGUCAUAGUAACCCCUCUGAUCCUUCCAAAGUUGAGCCUGCUUCCACUGAAGAAGAAGUAGUAGAAGAAGCUAUACUUGAAAAGGAACCGCCACAAACCCUCAAGAAUGACUCCACUACUAGUAAUACUCCUAGAGUCAUCAGUGAUGGUUCUUCUGAAACGGAUCUGCAGAAGAUGUGUGAUGACAAUGUUAAACGGAAGAGUGAUACUCCAGAUUGGGAAACUCUGAUCUCUGAUUCUUCUGACAUGUUGAUUUAUGGCUCACCUAAUGAUUCAGAGGCUUUUAGAUGCUUCUUGCAGCGUUCAUCAGACUCCAAAACACGUCUAUGUGGCGCUACAAAGCCUGUAGUAGAACCUGUUUCCACAAGCAAUGAACCUGAGUCCUCUGAUGCUCUUUCGAUCUUGCACCGUGGAGUGAGAAGACGCUGUCUGGACUUUGAGAUGCCGGGAAAUAAUAAGCAAACACCGAGAUGUGUAGUACCUAGCAUUGGUCUGCAUCUUAACGCCAUUGCAAUGUCUUCUAAGGACAACAACAAUGUUAGUAAAGAGUACUCAUUUUCCGGAAACAUUAAAGUUGGGUUGCAAAGUUCCAUCACUCCGGUUCUUCUCUCGGACAACACUGUCAGAGAAAAUGAAACCAAGGAAGAUGCAGGUGAUGGUGUAGAAGAGGCUCCACUGUCUUUAGCUUUGGUAGAAGUGAAUCAAAGCAGCCCCAAGAAGAAGAGGCGCAAGUCUGAACAAACAGGAGAAGGAGAGUCAUCAUGUAAACGGUGCAACUGCAAAAAAUCAAAGUGUUUGAAGCUUUACUGUGAAUGCUUUGCUGCUGGAGUUUAUUGCAUAGAGCCAUGUUCAUGCAUAGACUGCUUCAACAAACCUAUUCAUGAAGACACUGUCUUAGCUACUCGCAAACAGAUUGAAUCCAGAAAUCCCCUUGCAUUUGCUCCUAAAGUCAUUAGAAACUCUGAUUCUAUCAUUGAAGUUGGAGAAGAUGCAAGCAAAACUCCUGCUUCAGCGCGGCACAAAAGAGGCUGUAACUGCAAGAAAUCAAAUUGUCUGAAGAAGUAUUGUGAAUGCUAUCAGAGUGGAGUUGGUUGUUCCAUCAAUUGUAGAUGUGAAGGAUGUAAGAAUGCAUUUGGCAGAAAAGAUGGGUCUUCAUUUGCUGGUAUGGAUACCGAACAAGAUCAAGAAAAUGAAACAUCUGACAGAAGCAGAACAACCAUACCACUUCCACCUUCAACACCAAUGCCAUUAAGACAACCAUUGGCUCAACUUCCCAUCUCAUCCAACAACAUGCUGCUUUCUCAACAUCUCCAUGGAGCUUCUGGAUCUUCUUCCUUGUACAGUAGUCAGUCUUUCAGAAAACAAGACAUGGGUUUGUUUUCUCACUCAAGGAUUGAGACAAUUGCGGAGGAAAGAGCAGAGGAUAUUGAGAAUCUUAUACAGUCUCCUGUAACCAACAUCAAUGCUGUAUCUCCAAACAGCAAAAGGGUUUCUCUGCCACAUAUGGAUUCAGCAGAGACGUCUCCUUGGAGAAGAAAUGGUGGAAGGAAGCUCUUAUUGUCUUCAAUUCCAACUUUUCCUUCACUCACUCCACACCACUAAAAAAAUUCAUUUAAUCUUUGAAUAUUUGUUGAUGUUGGUAUACUACCACAACAGUUUUUGUUUGAGUUUGUGUUUCCCAGUGGUUGUGUGUAAUAAGAAUGCUAGUCAACAUAAGCAACCUUUCUUGUGUAAUAUAUCCACAUUGUAUCCAUUUUUUUGAAAUAUUUAGUCU